GGUGGUUUCACUAGGAAGCAAUCUGACGUUAGACGAUAGCGGCGAAGAAUCGCUGAAUAGAGAAACCCAAAGACAACCAGACGCACUCACUCGAAUGGUAUUUCGUGUCCUGCCGUCAAAAGAUGUCAGUCACUGAGGAUCUACCAGACAUGGAUGGAGCAGAUCUCUUAGGGCUUCUCUUCCACAGUGGAGAGGGUGGAGCUACUGAGCCUCUCUUUCCUGAUGAGACUGGACUCAUUGAAUCCUGGCUGUCUGAACAAGAUAUGUUGACAGGUAUGGAUACUGAAGACUUCCUGUCUAGUCUGUUGGAGGGAGAGGACAACAUGGGGGAUUUCUGCCCCUCUCGCUCUCCCUCAGGCAGCGACAGUGGGAUUUCUGAUGACAGCAGCACUGGAGUUGGAAACACCAACCAUCUGGGAUGCCCCAGCCCCCAGGGUAGUGAUAGUGAUGUUGUUCCCAGUCCCAGCUACUCCCAGCCCAGCCCGGUGCCCUCUGACAAUGCCCUGGUCCCCGGUGAGCAGCAGACAGAGAGCCUGGAGGCCCUAACAGUCCAGGCAGACCACAGCUACUCCAUGCUGCAGAGCGAUGACAGGGACAUGGAUGUGCUGCAGAGUGUGAGGGCGGAAAAGCUUGAUACAGAUGUCUUCAUUGAUCUGGAUGACUAUGUGAGCGAAGUGAUGGAGGAAGACAUCAGCAGCAGCGAGCUGCCCUGCACUCUCGCCAUCGAGGACUCAACACAAGCAUCAACCGAGCCAAAUGCAACAGACCAGUUCCAGUUUAAAGAGAUUGUGCUCACUGAGGAGGAGAAGCGGCUUUUGUCGAAAGAGGGAUUAACUAUUCCCACACACAUGCCUCUCACAAAGGCAGAGGAGAGGACCCUGAAGAGGAUCAGGAGGAAGAUCCGCAACAAGCAGUCUGCUCAGGAGAGCCGCAAGAAGAAGAAAGUGUACGUUGAUGGACUGGAGAACAGGGUUGCCAUCUGUACUGCACACAACCUGGAACUACAGAAGAAAGUCCAAAUGCUUCAGAAACAGAACAUUUCCUUGAUCGAGCAGCUGAGGAAACUACAGGGAAUAGUGAAGAUGUCGACCAUGAAGGCCAGCACCACUAGCACCUGUGUCAUGGUGUUCCUGCUCUCGUUCUGUCUCAUCAUCUUCCCGUCAGUCAAUCCGUUUGGCGGAAACACAGAACAAAAGGAAGUCUACACACCAUCAUCCAUCAUCUCCCGCGCCUUACGCUCGAUCAAUGUAAUGCCACAGGAAACAACAGACGCCAAGAUUUACUUGGAUUCUGAUGACGAAGAACAAGAAGAGCUUUUCAUCAUACACCAAGCAGAAAUAGAAAACCAUAAAGCUAUCUUUGCCGGCGGUCAAAAUAACCACACCCCUGACUACCAGAGGGUGGAGAAGUCCGAGUCAGAAUCUGGAGUGAACAGCAACUCAUCUGCAGACUUCCCCGGCCCGGCUCAGGCUGCAGAGAUGUCCCCAACAGGAGUCGGCGCCUUAAAGGAUGGAUCCACUGAUGCUUCUGUGGCAUCAGCUGUGGCGUAUGAUGUCACAGGAUCCAAAGAUAAUUGGAUAGACCCAGACCCUCCAUCUGUUAUAUUACAACAGCAUCGCUCAGAUGAGAUGUAGUAGGGAGUUGAGGAUACAUUUUACCAGCAGAGGGAGCCAUAUUUUUGAUUUUUAGCAGAGGGACAUUAAAACUUUCAUAGGGAUAGGGGAAAAUAUUUGUUCUAAUCAAGAUAUAUGAUAAUCUCUGUCCCUACUUUCCCCCUUUAACAGCCCUCUAAUGUACUACUCUUACUUCAUUUGCACUUUUUUUCUCAUUCCUUGUUCCAGAGGACAAGAAAACUGGAGAGAUGUCCAUAUUUCAGCAACGUAAAUGCUGCAGUUUUAAUACAGGCCUGUGUUUUGAAGGCUUAUAGUGCCGAGGGCUCUAAAAUGAUUGGACAAUAUGGUGCUGAUGACCAAAUUUUCAAAUACAAACACCUUAAAAAAAACAAACAAAGAUGCAGUAAGUUACUUCAAGAGAAGUAUUACUUGAUUACUUUAAACCAAAUUUUAGGGAGAGUUUAGUUUGACUCUCCUCUGUCUGAUCACCAUCAGAUCCAGGCAUUAAGCUGCUCAUUAAUGACUCUCAUAGUAAAUUAGUGUGAAUGAAAUCGUCCAACAGUUUGCACCGCAAACUAGCCAGAAAACUCCAUUGCUUAGUAGGAGAUUAGCUGCUUGACUCAUAAAGCUUGAUCAAAGUGGUUGUUGGACCACAUUAACGCUUAAGCCAUUGCAGGACAUUUGGCCAUGUAGGAGACUUGUAAAGUUUGUUAGUAUUUCCCUUGUAACAAGGGUAUCCAUGCUGUUUUUAUUUUAUUUUUAAUUUUGGAUGCAUUUGUUUUAUGUUGUACAGUAAAGCACGAAAAAAUGCACAAUAAACAAAAUGCCGCUCCCUUAAUUGUUAGUGACCCACAGCCUGUAUCUACAAUCUCCUCUUAUUGAACUUCCUGGGACUGUUCUUACCUCCGUAAACCUGACUGAUAUUACUGAAUAAGGGGUCUUACAUAUUUGCCCAGAACACCGUGUUGCAGUAAAAAUACUCAAAAAUGUAAUGACCUGUUGUCAGUGAUGCAUUUUUGUUCUUUUUUGUGUAUUUCUCACUUUAUUGUCAGUAAUUAAUGGAAUCUAAAUGGUAUUGGAACUGCUGUUUGUCAUCGACAGUCAAUGAGAUUUUAAAUGUUGAUCAUGUUUAGCAAAUGCACUGACAUUUGACAUAGUGUAUGAAGGGAAUGUAAAUACGCUUCUAUAUGAUUGUAGCUCUUCUGUACAUUUGAACUCUAUGUAUAAGACAUGUCUGGACCUCUAUAAUAAUAAAAUUUUUAUA